GUGUUCUUGACAGAGCUCACUUGGUCAGACGUCGUGGAAACUGGAACACAUACCUCGCAGUGCUGCUCUGCUCUUCGUCGUAGAAUCAUUUGUAAACGCGCUCAAGUUUUAAAAAAAAAUUACACCAACUCAAACUUCACUCAGCUGCUGAAGAUGAUGUCCCGAUGGGUAAUUGGAAUGGUCAUGGUGUGCAUGCUAUUGGUUGCUGCUGCCGCCAGCGACGAUGCUGCAGAUGCUGUGGAAGAGAAAGAGCCUGUAGCCGAUACGGAGAGUGCCCGAACCGGUCGUCAAUAUCACUCACGCCGACCGUCUUUGUUGGGCCGAAACCCUAGCCAUCUGUUGGACUAUUCAAAGCAGGACGAAAGUUUCGUUCAAUACGAUCCGUCUGGUCUCGGGUUUGAGAUUCAAAAGCCCGGAGUUUUCCAAUACCAAUUCCGACCGGCAUACCACUCUGAGCCAGCGAGACCUCCUGCUGGGCCAAUCAAGCCACCUGUCCAGCCCAAAACAGCUUACCGCGAAAAACCAUCAGCUUAUGUCCCUUACAGCCCUGAAACAGCUUAUCCACCCAGGCCGGCUUAUCAUGAAGCUGUUAAACCUCCUCCUCAUUAUCCUGGUUCUUACAAACUCGAGAGUGUGUAUCCGGAAAGUCCAAACCAAUACGAAGACAAAUAUCCUUACUACUGCCCAAAGGUUGGCGGUUACGAGUCGCAGUGCCGACCGGCCAAGGAUUGCGCUGUUUGGUACGAUCUGGUUCUUAUCACUCCGGGAAGCUCCUGCAAACUGGCGGAUGGAGAACCAGGAAUGUGUUGUCCCGAUCUUCCCUACAACAGUCAUAACGGGCCCAUCAAGCAAGCUAACACAAAAAUCGUCAAGUUGGAGAAACAGUGUAUUGACAUUUACUCUGUGAAUGCUGCCGCUCACGCUGGCCAGUUCCAAAUGCGCUUGAUGGACGAAACGGAGAAACUUUUGCGAGCCAACAACAUCACAGUCAGACCGAGUUCAUCCCAGUCGACACAUUUGCUAUUUUUCCAGACAACUCUCGAGUCACGGAUGCUCAGCCGUGGAGCCCUUACUGGUGUUGAAACCACCAGAGAACUUGGCAAAAGAUUUGAAUUGACUCCAGAAGAGGCCGGUUUUGGUUUGAAUCAAUUCAACCUGAGAGACACAAUUCUGAAAGAGACUUGUCCAGCUGAUCCCGUUUGUGAUCAAAAGACUAGCCGUUCUCCCUUCCGGACAUUGGACGGUUCGUGCAACAACAUCAAACGUUCCUUCUGGGGAAAGUCUCGCACCCAAUUUCAGCGCGCCCUUGUUCCAGCGUACGCAGAUGGUGUUUGGCUUCCACGGCGGGCUGGAGACGGUGGCGAUCUUCCCAGUCCGCGUUUAGUGUCGAUUUCGGUGGUUUUGGACGCUGAUGCCCCCUCCGAGACGGACACCACAUGGGUUAUGCAGUACGGCCAAUUUUUGGAUCACGAUUUAACAUCGACUCCAGUCUUCCGCAUGAACGCCAACGGAAUGGGCAUCCAGUGCUGCACAGAAGAAGGAAUGUUGUUGAACAAUACCGAGCUUCUUCAUCCUGAAUGCUUGGCCAUUGAAAUUCCAAAUGAUGAUCCGUUUUUCUCCAAGUUCGGUCAACGUUGCAUGAGCUUCGUCCGUUCCACUCCGGCUCCCAGAUUUGAUUGCAGCUUCGGUCAUGGAGAACAGAUGAAUCAGUUGACCCAUUUCUUGGAUCACUCCAACGUCUACGGCUCUGACGAUAAAGACGCCGCAGAGUUGCGAACAUUCAAAGAUGGCGCCCUGAAGGUAACUCCGCAAAAGGGUCAUCACGAAUUGGACUUGCUGCCGCCGGAUAACGAUCCCGAGAUGAAUUGCACAUUAUCUAAAGCCAUUUCUGGAAUUGAUCGACCAAAAGAUGUUAAGUGCUUCAAAGCAGGUGAUUCGCGGUCGAAUGAACACCCCAACUUGGCUGUCACGCACACCGUUUUCAUGCGUGAACACAACAGACUUGUGGCGGAGCUCUCCUACUUGAACCCGUUUUGGAAUGACGAGCGACUCUACCAAGAGGCCAGGCGCAUUCUGAUUGCUCAGAUGCAGCACAUUACCUACAACGAAUGGCUGCCCAUCGUAAUCGGUGUGGCCAAAAUGCAGGACUUCGGUUUGUUGCCACUUCAAGAUGGAUUCAGCGACGAUUACGACGAGAACAUCAAUCCAACCGUUUUGAACGAAUUCGCUACCGCUGCUUUUCGAUUCGGCCAUACCCUUAUUCAAGGAAAACAAGAUCUAAUUAAUCAUAGAAGAAAGAAGGAGGCUCACGUUCUGUUACGCCAACACUUUUUCAAAUCGCAAGUGAUCUACACGCCUGGCAACCUUGACAAAUUCCUUAUUGGUUUGUCGACUCAGCCUGGACAAGAUUUUGACAAUUAUUUCACCGAGGAGAUUACUAACCACUUGUUUGAAGAGGAAGGUAAGGGUUUCGGUAUGGAUUUGGUGGCUCUCAAUCUUCAACGUGGACGUGAUCACGGUCUUCCCGGCUACAAUGCUUAUCGUGCUCUGUGUGGUCUUCCCCGCGCUGAAUACUUCCGUGAUCUACUUGACAUUAUUUCCCCAGCAAUUGUCGAACGCUUUGAGCUCCUUUACGACACGGUGGAUGACAUUGAUUUAUUCAUCGGAGCCGUUUCCGAGAGAAAAGCCGAUGGAGCUUUAUUGGGCCCCACUUUCCAGUGUAUCGUGGCCGAUCAGUUUUUGAGACUGAAACGAGGUGAUCGAUACUUUUACGAUCUUGGAGGACAGCCCGGCUCGUUCACUGAAGAACAAUUAUACGAAAUUCGGCAAGCUAGUUUUGCCCGCAUCGUAUGCGAUAACAGCCAUGUGCUUCAUACUCAACCACUUGUUUUUAAAUCUGAAUCUGCCGCAAAUCGUAUCGUGGGAUGCGAUUCUUCGGCUAUUCCUCGUGUAAAUCUUCUCCCAUGGCAGGAAGGUUAUGAGAAACCAUACAAAAGGCCUUGUUGUGGUACUCAAUACAAGAAGAUUUAAAUUAAUUUUUGUUUCAUCAAAAAUUCAUAUGUUACUUCAGAUUGCACAUUUAACAUUUUAUAAUUGUAUUAUUGGAAUGGAUAAAUAUAUAAUUAAAUAAGAAAAAAACACU